CUAGACCACGUGGCCUCAUGGAUUUUGGAGAGACAUCUCUCGGAAAGCAACCCGCUCUAGUGACUGACUGCCCACCCUAUCUCUCUCUCUCUCUCUCUCUCUCUCGCUUGCUUGUCCCCAAGCUCUCCGGGUGUCGACAAUGGCCUCACCACAGCAGCAAGCCCCGCACCCGCUCCGUCCGUACUACCGGCCGUCGGAGGACGAGGCGUUUGUGGCGACGGCGCCGCGCUUCUCGGCCUCGUCUUCGUCUGCCUCGUCGUCCACCCCGGCCGGCUCCUCGUUUCGGUCAUCAUCAUCAGCAGCAGCAGCGAAGGCGUCGGCGCCCUCGUCAUCUGCGUCGAACCGGUACAUACGGCCUGACGAUGACCUCGCUGCAGCCGCGGGCGCAGGCACGGGCGGCGUCAAGGAUGUCGCGCGGGCGCUGCUCGUGAGCGGCGCGCUGCAGUACUCGUCGACGUGUCUCGCCAUGCCAUUUGAGGUCGGCAAGCUCCUCCUCCAGGUCCAGUGGGUCCCGCGCGACGAUGUCUGGGUCGCCUUUGGCGAAUCCUCGGGUGCGGGCGCCGGUGCUGUGGCUGGCAUGGCGCGCGAGGACGAGAUGCAGCCGCUGCGCCGGCGGCGGGGGCGGGGACAGUAUGGCGAGGGGGACGAAGAGGAAGACGAGGACGGCGGCUACGAUGACGACGACGAUGAUGAUGUGCCGCCCGAAGCGGAGGAGUGGCGGGAGGAGCGGGACGAGGAGCAUGGUCGGGCGCGGGACUUUGGCGGCGAGGACGACGAGCUGUCGGACGAGGAGGAGGCCGAGGCCUACUUUCGCGACCUGAGCAACACGCCCAUGCGCCGGCCCUCGGUGCAGACGUCGGCCAGGCGCUCGACGGGCGCACGGAGGAAGCGGACCGACGCUGCGGGCUACGUCGUGCGGAGAAGCAUCCACGAGGACGGCACCAGGCCCGAGUUUGUCAUGCCCGUCGUCGUCCGUGGUGGCGUGUGGGAGAUGAUCAAGGCCGUGGGUAGGGGCAAGGAGGGCUGGCUCGGUCUGUGGAAGGGCUCGCUGACCACGUUCGUUCUCGAGAUGGCCACAUCGACGCUCCAGCCCAUCGUCACGACCGUCCUCUCUGUCUUCUCGCCCUCGGCCCUGACGCCGCUGCCGCUGCCCUAUGCACCCCACCCGUACCGGUCCCUGUCCCUCCUCGUCGUCUCCCACCUCGUCACGGGCAUCCUCGUCUCGCCCCUGGACCUCGUCCGGACCCGCCUCGUGGUCCAGUCGACGCUGCCGCCCCAUCGCAAGUACCGGAGCCCGUGGGAUGCGCUGCGCCAGAUCCUCCACGAGGAGGGCGGCUGGCGCACCAUCUACUUGCAUCCCAACUUACUCAUCCCCACCGUGCUCGACUUUACCCUGCGUCCGCUCCUGUCGCUCAGCGCGCCCAUCCUUAUCGAGCACAAGCUGCGCAUCGACCCCAACACGAGCCCCGUCGCAUAUGCGCUCGCCGACUUUGUCCUCAGCACCCUCGCCCUUGUCUUUACUCUGCCCAUCGAGACGGUCAGGCGCCGGCUCCAGAUCCAGGCCCGCGCGCCCUGGGGCAUGAAGCCCGACAAGAUCCACGGCUCCAGGCCGGCGGUGCCCCACACGCGCUCCUCGUCGUCGUCGGUGCCCAAGGUCAAGAACGGCUCUUCGGCGGCGACGGCCCUCGCCUCGGCCACGGGUGCUGCGCCCCUCCCUGCGCUCUCGCGGCCGCUGCGCACGUGCGUCGAGACACGGCCACGGCCCUACAUUGGCGUCACCGAGGCCAUCUACCGCAUCCUGACCGAGGAGACGUCGACGACGCCCGUGCCCCGCGAUCCUGCUGCCCGCCGACGGAGAGAGCAGCAGCGAGCGUCUCGGAGCAAUAACGACGCCGACGAAGACGACGAUGACGACCUCGCAAAGAGCGGCAUCCUCGCCAAGCACGGCCACAGCAGCCUCGGCGGCCUCUACUCGCUCUACAGGGGCUUUGGCUUUGCCGUCGGCGCCAAUGCCCUCGUCUUUGCCCUCACCCUCGUCAGCGGAGAGCGGCAGGGUCAAAGCACCGGCUGGGCCGAGAUCUGAUGUUUCAGCCACCACCACCCCAUCACCACUCCUCUCGUGUGCCGUCAUGGAAGAAGCUCUGCUGUAUGUUGAUUACU